AUGCCUCCCCCUUCACGUUUCCUCCCGCGAGGUGCCAUCAGACGACUCGCACGCCCCUUCUCAGCCGUCCAGUCCCUCCCCGUACGAGCAACAGGAUUCCAUCCCUGCUCUCUCUCAACUACCAAACCCCCUCAGACUCAGUCCUUCCACCAAUGCGCCACCAACUUCAGGCCCCGAAUAAACGCCACCCCUCUCCGCAGCAAUGGUAUCCAUCCGAUACUCCAAUGGCGCAAGCCACGUUGCCUAAAUUCCUCCUCCUCCUCUUCUUCUUCUUCAGAAAAACUCAGCUUCUCCCAACGGAUGAAAAAGCUCUCCCGCGAAUAUGGCUGGUCCGCCCUGGGCGUCUACCUAGCCCUUUCGGCGCUGGAUUUCCCCUUCUGCUUUGCUGCGGUGCGGCUGCUGGGUGCUGAACGGAUUGGACAUUACGAGCAUGUAGUUGCAGAAGGGUUCAAGGGUGUAUUUGCCCCUAUCUGGCAAACUGUUGCGAAGCCGGAUGCCAGCGGUGGUAGUGAUAGUGAUGCGGCAGAUGGUGGAAAGUGGGGUGAUAUGGCCAUUGCGAUGGGCGGCGCCGGCGGUGCCGGCGGUACAGGUGAAUGGGAUGGACAUGCAAGAGCAGCGGAGGCUGAGGGCCAGAAUGUGGGGACGGGGACGGGGACGGAGACGGAGACGGAGGCCGGAGCUAGUUUAUGGACGCAACUUGCCCUAGCCUAUGCCGUUCACAAGAGCCUGAUUUUUAUCCGAGUCCCCAUCACGGCCGCAGUGACACCCAAAGUCGUCAAGGUGCUGCGACAGUGGGGCUGGGAUAUUGGGAAGCGGAGGCCGAAAAGCAGUUGA